GUUGUUCACGCGUUCCGUUUCCACACGGACGGAAAAAAAAAACAUACUGUAGAGACCACAAAGCGAACAAGUAGUGACUGAAAUUUGUUCGAUACAUUCGUCAUGUCUCGUGCAGACUCCUUGCCCCCCCCAGUAUAUUUAAUAUCUAAAUAAUUAGUGUUUCUUCCAGCGCUUAGGUUAAUUUAGGGCUCGCGCCCAGAGCUUCCGUGUUUGUUCACCGCACCGGCAGUUCCGCGAUGUGUGUUUGUGACAGUCAGCUGACUGCGGUUACAAGCAUCUCGCCUUUCCGCUUUCAUUCAAUAAAGUGCAUUUAUUCACUGUCGUCAGUUAUCGGUCUAACUUGUAUGACCACAACUCACCGACACCGUGUGUGAAGGAAACAAUCAUUGUCACAAUGGAGUCUCCGAAGCUGCAGGUAAAGCUGAAUGAAAAUGAAAGGUUUCGGAAGUUGAAAGAACGUUUCGUUGAAAAGUUUGGAGAACCUCCUCUUUUUUAUGCUUGUGCGCCAGGAAGAGUUAACUUAAUAGGUGAGCACAUCGACUACUGCGGCUAUGCCGUCCUCCCGAUGGCGAUCGAGCAGAGCAUCCUCGCGGCCGUGUCCGUGAAUGACACUCAAAGCAUACAGCUGGCCAACGUGAACCCGCAAUACAAAGACUUCGCCGUGUCGAGCGAGGAGCUGCAGAUCGACAGGACGAAUCCGCAGUGGUACUACUACUACCUGUGUGGCGUGAGGGGGGUGAAGGAGCAUUUGGGCCUGGCACCUCUGGCAGGCAUGAAGUGUGUGGUGGAUGGCACGGUUCCUCCCAGCUCUGGCCUUUCCAGCUCAAGUGCCUUGGUGUGCUGUGCAGGACUGGUCACUCUGGAAGCCAAUAACAAGAUGCUGUCAAAGGUGGAGCUCGCUGAGAUCUGUGCCCGCUGUGAACGCUACAUCGGCACUGAGGGCGGCGGAAUGGACCAGUCCAUCUCGUUCCUGGCAGAGGAAGGAACGGCGAAGCUCAUAGAGUUCAACCCGCUGCGGGCUGUCGAUGUGAAGCUUCCGGAUGGGGCUGUCUUUGUGAUUGCCAACUGCUGUGUGGAGAUGAACAAGGCCGCCACGUCCCAUUUCAACAUCCGCGUGGUGGAGUGUCGGCUGGCCGCCAAGCUGCUUGCCAAGAGGCGGGGCCUGGACUGGAGCUGUGUGCAGAGGCUGAGCGAGGUGCAGGCAGCGCUGGGCGCCUCGCUGGAGGAGAUGCUGACCAUGGUGCAGGAGGUGCUCCAUCCAGAGCCCUACAGCAGAGAAGAGGUGUGCCAGACCCUUGGCGUCAGCCUUGAGCAGCUGCGUGACGGUGUGCUGAGCGCCAACACGCAGCAUGUGACCCACUUCAAGCUGCACCAGCGGGCGCAGCACGUGUACAGCGAGGCGGCGCGGGUACUACGCUUCCGGGAAGUGUGCGAGGCUGCUCCGGAUGAUUCCAUCCGGCAGCUGGGCCUCCUCAUGCAGCAGAGCCACACCAGCUGCCGCGACCUGUAUGAGUGCAGCUGUCCGGAGCUGGACCAGCUGGUCCGCACGUGCCUGAAGGCAGGAGCCGUGGGCUCGCGCCUCACCGGGGCCGGCUGGGGUGGCUGCACCGUAUCCAUGGUGCCCGUCGAUAAGCUGGAGGCUUUCCUGCAGGAGGUGCGCAAAUCAUACUACACGUCAGAUCCUCGCCGUGCCGCCCUGGAGAAGCACAGCCUCUUUGUCACCAAGCCUGGCGGUGGAGCAGCUUUGUUCCUGGAGGCUUAGACCUUUCGGUGAACAUUGUAAGACUGCUGACAGGAGGCGCUAAAUCUGGGUAUCUGGAUUAGUAUUAAUUCAUCAUGGAGUUACUGCUAGAUAUCAAUCAUCAGCAUCGUAACCCUAACUUCAAUAGCGCCCUUUAAUCCCAGAGCUGUAAACACACUAUAAAGUGGCAAUUUUUUCUGAUAAAGAAAGGUGCUGUGUGUACACUUCAGGAUAUUUUGAUUGAACGUUGAUUUUCAUAUUAAUAGAAAUUACUACAUUCUUUUAUUUUGUUCUUGUAAAAGCCACCAGGCAAUAGUGCACUGUAAUAAAAUGUAAGUGCACCGUACAUGUUUACAGUUUGUCAUUACCAUUAAAGUUUUAAG